AUGGCCGCCGAACUGUCGGAUGUUCCCGAGGCUUGUGAUGAUGCUGCCUGUCAGUCUGCGGACCCCGGCUGCGGGUCGAUACCCGGUGGGUUGCCAGAGUUCCGUGCUUCACAUGUUGCUUCCGCGGAUGUGGACGAAGACCCCCAUCGUUCUUCGAUACACUCCACCGAAGUCCUGACAAAGGACGAUGGACGAAAGAAACCGCCACCCACGAGAUGCAGAUUGCUGCAUACUGUUUCAUCUGACAGCAGCACGCACCGCUUUGGAGGAGGGCGUCCCGCUACUGCACCAUCCGUCACGAGCAAGGAUGCAGACGCCAACGGGUAUCCGACGGCCCUACGCCGCAGGAACAAAGAAAUUCUAAGGGCGAAAAAAGCCAGGAAAGACAAACACUUCUCGAAAAUUGCGUUCACCAGUUCCGACUCGAACUACUACAAUCUCCUGCCCGUCCAGCCAGGGCUGGGGUGGUGGAAAUGCAUCCUGAUGAACUCUAAUCAUUCGCUAUCAUUUGCGUAUCGUCUGGCACGGAACCUGGACGUUGCUAUUCCCGACACAGUCUUCUGUUCAGGGACGGAAAGCUUUUAUAUUUGCAGUGGUUCAAAGGGGAUGCCAGGCACGCUGGACCGCAGUGCUCUCAAGCAGGACCAAAGCAGCGGGGCACCAAGUGCCUCCAGUGGCUGGAUCAUCAAGAGUGACUUCUCAGCCGUAAAGCUGCUGGAGAGCAAUCUGUUUUCUCGGAUUCACGCAGAAGAACAAGCAAUUUGGGCAGGUAACUCCCUCCAGCUGGCGCCUGCUACAAGACGCUCGUCCGCUGCGGGCACUUGGAACAGCCCGGAGAAGAGCGAGCAGUCAGACUGCCGACAGUUCGGAUCUUUAUCUGGCGGACGGGCAAUUCAACAGCAAGAGGGGGUGGGACUGCAGGCACAGCUUCCAGACUCACCCCCGUACCCGGCAGCUGUGAUGAAACAGAUGCAUUAUUCGAGGAAAGACUGCAAUAUCACCAAGGCUAUCGAUCUGACUACUCUGGGUUCUGUUUCCUCAGACAGUUCCGUAGACCGCAUUUAUCAGGCGUUUGUGAGGGGCAAGUCGCGAAGCCGCUGCCAACUGACACGUGUUUGCUGGAGUGCUUCUCGGGCGCCGUCGGGAUUCACGCUGGUAAAUCGGCUGACUCCUCAGCAGGCUCGUAGUCUCGGGGGGGACAUGACUUCUCAGUUCUGCGUGAGCUGCGACAACCCGACGUUGAAUGGAGUGUCGAAAACCGCAGAGGAAGAACAGCUACGGAAAGUCGAUCCAGCUGAAACGAGCUUCGACGUCUUUCCUGUCGCAGGAGCAACACUUGCUGCCGCUGCGCAAGUUGCCAAGUCUAUUUUUCACUUCACGCAGACGCUGUUCAAAGUCUGGCUCGAAACCAUAGUCGUCGACCUGGUGAAAGGCUCACCCGCCGGCAGGUGGUAUUUCAUCCAGGUGAAAUCGUUUACGGUUCGACAAACAUCACCGUCGAUGCCAAUCACGUUCACUUCUUCGGCUGCGGAAGAUGGAGACGAAAAUGAAGAUGACCCUGGUGACCGUCGCAAAAAGAGCUGUUGCGAAACCAUCAGUCGUUUGGCAAUUCCAUCCAUCUGUCAGAUGUGCGGGUUGAAACAUCGAAAGCAGGACCUGAACAAAACUGUGAACUUGCGAAUGAUGCUCGAGACCCAACACCAUAUGCGGAAACGCGGAUUGGACAUUCUUUUCUUCCCUCUUUCUGGGAGACUUCAGCUGUCGUAUAACUAUCCAGUAUGCUCUCUAUGCUAUUCCCUCUACUUGGCCGAGCGAGAGCUGAUCAAGGUCGAGCUCGACCUCGCACAAGCUCUUCGCCAGCCGAUUCCGCACAGAGAUCCGACUUUCUUCAGUUUCACUGGCGUUUUGGAUGCAAUUCAAAGCAGCACACAAGCCGACGACCCAUAUCUGAUGGAUCUUCUGCGUUCCUUUAACAACGCACCUCCUCGACAGGCAGUGUCCUUUGAAGCGCAAGGCGAAGGCGACAACGGACGCAGCAGCAUUAACCUGCAGCUGGAUCGGGCAAAGGACCGCGAUCCGCUACUAGCCUUUGUCAAUACACACUGUGAUACCAGGAGAUCUGUUGUGAUCCCAUCAGCGCAGACUUGUCAUUCGCGAAGUUCUGUCUCGUUUUCACCCCCGUCCCCUUCGUCUGAAACACCUGCCUCCUCUUCUGCUGUAUCUCCUACUACCUCCGCCCAGGUGCAAGGUGGAUCUCCUUCUUUCCCGUAUGACACCACUUCUCAACACUGCUAUCCGUCUGCUUCGCAUGACUCUAAGGCAACUGUUGGAAGUUCGGCGGGAGCGACGAGUCGAGACAAGUCUCCGCAGAGCCAAGCUCCUCCCCGGCAUCGAAUGUUGACUGGUGGGGCUCCCGCCGUUGCUCCUCCCAAGCAGACACUCCGGGGAGGCGAGGCUGUGAUGGGGGGAUCACUGACGAAAGAAGAUCGUUGCCGUCAGUUACCCCCGAAACUUUAUCAGUGGCGCAUGAUGCUCUUUGUUCACUCCUUGCAAGAUCUGUCAGAUCACAUGUUGCUUGCACCGGAAGAGAAGUCUGUUUCCGACGACGGGCACCCGGCAGACGGGUCCGGCAGGACAAGAAUGCACCCUGGUCCCCAGGUAGCAAUUGAACUGAAGCUCUUCGGUUCCACCACGGUCUUUCCUCUACAUACACCGGAACGGCAAGGUCGAACUAAUCAGAGCGACCCACCAGGCCGAAGAAUGUUAUGCAGUUUUUCUCAAGCCGUGGACGAAUCUGGAAGCAGUUCCGAAGAGAGUUGUCCAGCGGAUCCGACAACAGAUGGCGCUGCGGGAGCGCGUUACCACUGCAUAUCCAUCAAGCGCAUCCUCGUUCUGUACCUAUUUUCUGUAUCUCCAACAUUACACCGAGUGUUCCAGGAAGAAAGUAUUCACUUCCGCCUUCUGGCGUCUGGCCCACGCGCACCUACAGAUCGAAGCGAAAGCCGCAGGUCGACGUCUGGCUCUGCGGCCACCUCAAGCCGCUUGUGUCCUUCAACAUCGACAUCCAGGUCUCGCACCAGUGGCGGUCCACCCGUUCUUGCUGUUUGUCCUGAGUGUUCCAACCCUUGUCCUCGUUCUUCCGGUUCCUUUCCGCCGGCGGUUGCCAGACGCAUCGAUUUCGGUCCGUCUUCGCGCCUUACCGCAGCGGAAAUCACGGGUCAGCGGCCGUACUCUGCUGCCACAGCUCCAGUGUCUGCUUCCGUCUGUCCUGCAUGCAAAUUUGCCCAACCCCGGUUAGAAGCUUCAAGCCCCAGCGUGGGCCGGUGCACUCGGCCGCGAACAGCGGCCGCAGCCCCGUCAUUCGGUCGACACGGAAGCUGCGGCAGUUUGCCGCCCGGAUCAUCGGGUAAAAACUCUCGAAGAGCAGGCCUGCAUCGAACCAGCAGUGCGUCUUCGCUGACACGAACGGCUCAGGCUUCGGCUGAGAGAGAAGGAGCCGCCGUCGAGCUGCAGGAAGUGGCGAGUGGCAGCUGCAGCCUGCAGCGACUAGUUGGCGUGAAACACUCGAAACAGCAAAGCUACGUUUUGCUGUUCGCAGCGAAGGGUAAGGGCCAGGCUCGGCUGCGACUUGUGCUAGGUCUUCACCAGGACAUGCAAGUCCCGUCGCAGUACGUCUGUGUCCGACAGUACGCAGAUGCUUUUCUGCCCGCGAGACCGUACAGUAGCCCGUGUCCAGUUCCCUCGGACUGGCUCGACUGCCUUGCUGGCAGCGGCGGGCCCGGAACUGUCAGUUCGUCAAAAUUAAUAGACGCGUCUGGAUCGAGAUGUCGCAGUGAGUACCAGAAACAAGGAAGUUGUCUGCGAGUCAAAGGUGGCUGGCCUUCUACAGGUCCUGCGUCGUCGAGUCAAGUCUUUUCUGGAAACCCAGCACCGAAGAGCAACCGGGUUCUUGGCAUUCCGGUGGCAACAAUGAAUCCACGUGCCAAUCGGGUGGGAACAGAGACAGGGCAGACGCCUUCUGGCAGACCUGUGAGCGCGGAGGCGUCGAUUUCUGCAGCGAAAAGGCCUCUUUUGGGGCUUCGCUUUAGCCUGCCCUCAGGCGCUUCUGGGCGACCGACAGGCGCUGGUUCCCGGCCACAAAAAGCAAUCAAUCGCCUCCAGAUGGGAGGAAAUGCGCCUGCUGUACGCGGAAUCUCUCCCAUAUUCAUGCUAGACCUUGAAAGCUGACCCGCUGUCUUUGACGCUUCACGGAUUGUGCUGCCAAACUCGAGACCGUACCACUUCCCCUUUGCGAUUCUAUGAAUUUCUUCUUUUUGUCCACGAGGCUGCGUGCUGCACACGAAUACCACUCUAACCCUACUGAAGAUACGAUAAACACUGUCGUAUAAUACGACUCGAGAACAGAACG